UCUUCCUUCAAAAUCAAACUCUCUCUCCUUCAAAUUCUCCGGUGAAAAUGUCAGGCCGCGGCAAGGGAGGCAAGGGGUUGGGCAAGGGAGGAGCGAAGCGUCACAGGAAGGUGCUGAGGGAUAACAUCCAGGGCAUCACCAAGCCCGCCAUCCGCCGUCUCGCUCGCCGUGGCGGAGUCAAGCGUAUCUCCGGCCUCAUCUACGAGGAGACCAGAGGUGUCCUCAAGAUCUUCCUCGAGAACGUCAUCCGUGACGCCGUCACUUACACCGAGCACGCUCGCAGGAAGACCGUCACGGCCAUGGACGUCGUCUAUGCGCUCAAGAGGCAGGGAAGGACCCUUUACGGAUUUGGGGGUUAAUUCAGAUUAGGGUUUUUGC